UUCUCUUUUCUUCUCUUCCAUGGAGCUGUAUUAGAAUCAAGUGGCAGCAAGCAUUUUUCCAAAAUUGGAUCUCAAUCCUGCAGGCCCUGCAGGCACAGAAUUCUGAGGUGAAAGGACAACAGAUUCCAUGAAGGAAGUGGCAGCCAGAUCAUCUUUGAGAUACCUACCCUAAUCACUGUAUCUUCAUCAAGUGCUGUUCAUUGUUUAGCAACUCAAACCCACCUUACUUUCCAGAGUAUGUUGUUUUUUAAGUGACGACUCAAAAUUAUGUUUCUUCAUGAGCUUUCUUAACAGGUCUACCAUUGACAGAAACAACAGAAAACUGUGAAAAGCUUUUAUUUCAAUCUUCUGUAUUACAAUAGGCAUAGUAUUAUUAUUGCUUUUUAAAAUUGAUUAGGCAAUUUGCAAUUUUACAACUGCUGGACCUUUUGUCCAGCUGAACCUUUUGUCCAGCAUAUGUGCUUCACCCCUUUUUAUUUACACAGAUUUCAAAUUUCUUUAAAAAACAUGCUUGAAAGAACCUUGAAACUGUGGACUACUAGACAUUCAUUCACUGUAUGACAAUAAUAAAUACAUAUUUUUAAAAGUGCAUUAUAUGGUGAUAAUCCUUGUGAAGAAUUCACUUUUACAAAAUCCUCAUUAUAAGGGAAGUGCUCAAUUUUAACACAGUGCAAGCAGUCAGGUUGUCCUGAGAAGAUACAAAUGUGCUGUAAGUUUACCUUCACAACAGGUGCAUAUUAGCACUGAAUGGCUUCAUCCCAUUUUUGUCAACCAGAAGCCAUUUGAUGUUCAUUACUGAGAGCGGCAAUAAAACCUAAGUGCAAAUAUCAGCUCUGCUGUGACAGGUGUCAGUACUGGUGUGAAGGUUUAGCAGCUUAACCCGGAGAUGGCUCUCAGCUCCACUGCUCCACGGAGCCAGCAGUGCCAGAGAACUGCACUGUCAGCUCUUCUCCAGCAGUGCAGACCAGCACAGAGUAAAAGGAAACUAGGAAUAAUGCUUCAGGAUUUAGUAUUCAAGACCUUGCACAUGCCAAAACCCUGAGAGGUUGUGGAAGGAGGACAAUAGAAGCCCAACUGAGACUGCUGAGACAUUCAUUUCUCCACCCCUCUCACACUGUGCUACAUCUGGCAUGAACCUUUCUUGUGACAGCCUCAGCUUUACAAAAUCUGACCUGGCCAAGGGAACACUCAGUUCUGACAUUUGCUAGCACAUGACAGUCUGUCCCAGAAGACAGCAACAUCCUUCUGGCACAAAAGCAAGUAUUGCUCUGAGCUCCAGCAACACCCACUGUGAACUGGUGUCUGAAUCACAUCGGGAGGAUUUUGUUUGUGGCCAGCAUCUCCGGGACGUGGGGAUGUCUGCAUUGGAUAUAUUGUGUCUUGCCAAGCCAAAAGACUGGAGCCGUUUGAAGAUUAUGUAACGAUAAAGGUGCAGAUUCCCUUUGGAAAGAGGAAUAAUGGGACCAGGCAUUCAGGAAUAUCCCUUAUUACUGCACAGAGAGACACAGCAGAAGGAAAGCCACAGCCACACCAAUGAAAACCACAAAGGAAUGGUAAAUAAUGGAAAAAGCCAUCCAAGCACCAAAGGACUAAAUAAACCAAUUUCUUAUGCGAAAUCCCCUCCUGGAAGAUUAGGCAAAAAUGUAUCAAGUGCCAUUGAAAAGAUUUCCCAUGACACUCAAGAUGGUCACCAACCAAAUGUUUAUAAGAAGGGAAGGAACCAGCUGGAUGGCAAUAAUCAGUCAAAAAGGAUCCUGAGUGUUUGCAGCUCACUGCACAGUGCACAAGGACCAAAGAGGAGUCCCCCAGAAAGAAGGCAAAACGAGUCCUUCCUGCACAGGAGUCCUCCAGAAAGGCAAAAUGAAUCCUUCCUGCACAGGAGUCCUCCAGAAAGAAGGCAAAACGAAUCCUUCCUGCACAGGAGUCCCCCAGAAAGAAGGCAAACCGAAUCCUUCCUGCACAGGAGUCCCCCAGAAAGAAGGGAGAAUGAAUCCUUCCUGCACAGGAGUCCUCCAGAAAGAAGGCAAAACGAAUCCUUCCUGCACAGGAGUCCCCCAGAAAGAAGGCAAAACGAAUCCUUCCUGCACAGGAGUCCCCCAGAAAGAAGGCAAAAUGAAUCCUUCCUGCACAGGAGUCCUCCAGAAAGAAGGCAAAACGAAUCCUUCCUGCACAGGAGUCCUCCAGAAAGGCAAAAUGAAUCUUUCCUGCACAGGAUCCCCCCUGGCACAAAGGGCAGCACACAAGAAAACUUCUGUAGGGCUAAGGAUGUCCCAGUGCAGCAUUUUUAUUGCAGUAAAAAAGAACAGCUGGGGAAGAAUCAUGAAGAAUACAUUGCUGAAGCCAGUCCUGGCUCUUCAAAAUGGCAAGAAGCAUCUGUAGGUGAAAUGUUUCUUGAUUUUGAAUCGGUACAAAUUAUUAAAGAAGAUGCUGAAGAUGAUAGUGCCAGUGACCUCUCUGACUCAGAAAGGAUUCCCAUUCCCCCCUCUCCCUGCACACCACCGGAACUCAUCCUCAGAGCUGAAGAAAUCGACCCAGUUUGUUUGGAACACAUCCCUGAAAUGGGAUUUAAAGAAUCCGAAUAUUACUACCCCGACUUCCUGCCACCCCCUUUCAACUCGUGGGACCUGAAGCAGCUGGCCACCUUUGCCCACGUGGAAGGGAGAGCCGAAUUCCGCCCCAAGCCCACGGGAUCCCUGGAGAAGUACCUGGAGCGCCUGCUGCAGCUGGAGUGGCUGCAGAUGCAGACGGUGCAGAGCGAGAGGGGCAGGGCCACCAAAGCCCGGCCCCAGAGUGUCCCCGGCCCCAGCCGUGCCCUCAAGAGCCCCGGGAAAGGCAAAGCCUUGCUCAGCCCUGUGCCCCCCCGGCAGGCAGUGCCCCAGGAAAGUGUUGCCAGGCUGCCCAGGAGCUGUUUGGGUCCCAGGGCAGAGCCCUGCUCUCAGGACACUCGCCAGGCGCGUUCCCAUCCAGCUCACCUGAAAGCUCCUGAGAGAAUGGGGUGUGCAGCACCUUCUCAGAGGCACACUGGUGAUGGAAGGAGUGAACUGAGAAAGAAACCAGCUGCGAAGCAGCAGCUUCUCAAUCUGCAGCCCCCCGAGAGCAGCUCUAAAAUCCAAACUGUUGGUAACAUCAGACCCCCUAAGCAAACCCCAGCAUUCCACGGUGCAGCUGCUCCCAUCAAAGGCUUAAAAACAUACACGUGUACAAAUCCAAAGAAAAAUGGCAAUGCCAGCAGUUAUGUUCCUCCUAAAAAACCAACAGUGGACAGGAAAAUAAAAACAAAUGGCACAAAGCAAACACCACGCAAAUUUCAGUGAGGGAAAAUUAGUGAAUGUUGAUGCUUCUUGACUGCUAGAAAGCAUCUGGCCAGUGCAGAAGAAUCUUUUUUUUCUUCAUAGGAAGAUCCUGAGAAAAAUGUUCCUGGCACGUGGUUCUGAGUCAGCACUGUUCAUUUCUAUAGAUUUGAUCUUAAGCCAGCAGGAAAUGUUCUCUCUGAAGGCAAAUGUCUUCCAUUGGUCUUUCCUCAAAAGUAUUUGUAAUUGCUCAGUGAGGAGAACAAUAGCACAGUGUGAAGUUUAGAGAAGUGUAGAACAUCCUGUCUGCACCAGCUGAGUGUUCCUUGUAUUUACCCUGCUGGGUGUGAGGGAAGAGGGUCCAUGCUCUUUCUCCUUGCCCAGAUGUGCUUUUUGUAAGGCAGGUUUGAUUUUGGUGUUUUUGUAAAAUAAUGGAGCCUGUUAUCUAUGCAAAGUCAACUCUAAUUCUUCACAGAAGAUGAUGAAUUGGAUUUUUUGGAUUAAAUAGGUAUUAUUUUUUUGAGAAGAAGAAGAAUGGAAAUAAUGUUUUGAAAUAUUUUAAUGCAGAAAGAAUUCUUUUUAAGACAAAGUAUUAGGGACCAGAGAGCUUCAAUAAUGACAGAUUAAGAAAAUAGAAUGUGUAUUUUUAUACCCUGGGAUUUUCACUGUGUUUACUGACAGCUUUCCUGGAAGUUCAUUUUGUAGGCCUUGAUGCUUUUUGUCAUUUAGGGGAAAUGACCAGAUUUCAAAUUGCACAUGGAUAUAUUUGAGUCAUGCAAACUAAGGCUUUUAGCAGGGACUGUGUGGCCUAGUUUUCAGAACUGGUGGCCUCUCAAAACAUAAGAAACAGACUCUUAAGGGAGAAUUUAAAGGGUGUUGUAAGUUCAAGUAAAGAUAUAUUUUGAUACAGAAGAUACCUAUUUUUAGUCAUCUGAGCUGACUCUUAUUUAUCCUGUGGUCCAGUCUAGCUUGGCUUCCUAAGGUUGAGAGAGGUGAGAUGGGGAAAUGUCCUGCAGAAGGAAAUUGUGCAGCCAGGAUUGGGUCCUGUGCUUGGGCCUUCUGUCUUCUCUUGUGUCUGUGAGAGACAGGAGAAUACAAAGGACAGUUCUGAGAAUAUUCAAGUGUCACUUGAUCUAUUACAAUUUCAAAUCAACCACAGCAGCUGGGGACAGGAUCUUGUUAAGAUGAAAUUCUAGAGAAUGUUUUUUACUCUCACUUUAAAAUCCUGGUAAGGAUAUUUUCCUCCUCAGCCACCAGUCCCAAUCUUCAUGAGAAGCAAGCUGAGGUCUGAUGGACCAGAUUCUGCAAGAGGAUCCUUCACAUUGUGAUAGAAAAAGGAAAAAGUAGCAAAUCCUAAAGAGUUCAUUAUGUAUAUAGCUAAAUUGCACUUCUCUUGGUGAGCUCAUCUUGGUUUUAAGAUGCUUAGCUGUUUCUAUCUUUCAUUGUGCCUACCAGAUCUUCAGCUUUGUAAAAUUUCAAAGCAUGAAUUUAUAUGUAGUUUGAAAAGUGAGAAUAUUAAGAAAUGUAGUAAUAAAGUAGAGUAUUUUACAGUACAUAAAAACAUUGCUCAGGAAUAGCCUAAGAAAUAUUUUUAGUGUUUUUUUCCUCGUCUACUGGAGACCAAAUGUGAAAUUUUGAAUUGGUAAAGGAAAUGAAUGUAACAGACAGUAUUACAUGUCCAGAAUCAGUAUUUGUAAAGUUACACUUAAUAUGAAUUGUAGUUGCAUGUACAUUCAGCUCUAUGCAAUUCAAGUGAACCUGAAUCUGAGAUGCUCAAAGAGCAGAGGAGGUGGCUGUGUCAGAGGUGUGGUGGCACUCGGGAUGGGACUGAACACCAGCAGCUGCAGAGGACCAGCACAUCCCAGUGUUGCUGUUUCACCCUUUUGUUUUGGUCCAGCCUCAUGUAUUUCAGCUUUUUUAGAUGAAAGGUUCCUGCACCCAGUGCUAGUAUUUCAAGCUCUGGCCAAAUUCUGUGAGCCUGCCUUAGCCAAGUUUUCCUGAUUCACAUGAGCAGUAGUGAAAAAUAGGAGAGCUGCUUUGCCAAUGAUCAGGAUUUUAAUGCACUGUUCUAGUUCACUGUUACAAGCUCCAAACCUUAGGUGAGCAGGAUCCAGGCAAUAAUCAGAAUAACAGUUUUUUAAAAAUAUUCCGUUAGAUGCAGUAAAUAAUUUAGCAUGUUGUUAUAGCACUGAAUAUUGCCGGAUGCUACAUUUUCUAAAUUGAAGCUUUCCUGGGUUGUCAGGAGGGCAUGUAGACACAUUUUGCAUGAUCCCUUCUCUAAGAAUAAACAAACCCCAUUUCAACCAGCUGUGACCAGAGCAAAGGUGAUUGGCACUGGGAAAAGUCUUUUGUCACAGAGGUAGGAAAGUUUGAAUGUAGGGUUUGUCAUCUUAUGGACACCAUUCUGUCGUUGGAGACUAAAAAGGGAAGCAGAUGGAGGUGGUGAUGGCACUUUAAUGAGUUCAUCACAGGGCUCCAUCUGGCAUCUGGCCAAUUAGGUUUGUCUCCCGUGAUAAUCACACCAGUCUAAUUUCUGUCAUUGAUUUGAUACUUCUGACACACUUGUCUUUGUUCAUACACAGACACAGAAAUUCUGUGUUUGCCUCAGCAGACAGCUCUUGGCUGAGCAGACCUGCAAGGGCUGGGUUUUAUCCUGUUUCCAUUUUAUCUUCACCAUGUUCGGGGCCUACAGAUGAAAAGAGCUCCCUUUGUGAAGAGGACUAUGGUUUAUACUGCUUUCAUUGCUGGAUAUUGUCUUUAGAAGCACUUCUGAACAGAGCAGAAAAAUGUAUUCCAUCAAACACAUUCAGUUUAAAAUGAAUUACUUAAGAUACUUGCACGGCACCGUGUUUGUGUGGCUACCAGCCUUUUUUUUUACAAGGUUUAGCAAUAUGAUCAUAUGGAUCUGAGCCUAGCACUGGUGAUGCUUCUUGAAGAACAGAUUACUGUGAUGUGAGAUAUUUAAACAGAGAGAUUUAUUUUUUUUUUUUUUGCUAGAGAAUGUAAAAGUUUAGUGUUCUGCAGUAUUACCUACAGAACAAAUAUGCUCAGGUUGUAUUUCAAAUAAACAGCCAGACUCUGCUUCAAGUUGCAUGAGUAUAAACUUUGAACAACUCAGUUAUUUGCAGUGAAAUGACCCUGUUAGAAGAUGUGAAGAAACAGAAUUUCACUCUAAUAUGUAUAAACUGUUUUCCUUUAAAAUUUAAAUAUUUAAUAUUUAAAGCAAUAUUGUUUUUCUCUUGCCGUGUUCCUUUUUUUCUCCAUUGUUUGCGUCUCAUGCUGAGGGCAGUGAUUUUCCCACCUUGUUUUCAGUUGGAUACAGCAGGAUAAUGCCGCAGGGAGGGAAUUUUGACAGUUUUUUCAGCCAGUUUGACAGCAGGAUAAUGCCGCAGGGAGGGAUGUGCUGAUUGCAUUGGGCUGAGCUGUCCUGUUUGACCCCAGACUGAGAUCUGCCCUCACCCUGUCACUGUUCAUGUCCUUUCUGUGUUCCAUUCAUUGUUUCAGGUAACUUUGACCUUGUAUUAGCUAUUUAAAGGAUCUUGUUGGAAUUCUGAGAGAAUUUUGACAGUUUUUCAGCCAGUAUGUGCUUUUUGGAGCUGAUACAUAAAAUUUCUACAGUAUGAAGUUGCCUAGAAUGCACUAUUUUUUGCCUUAUUUUAAAGGAGUUGAGCCUUUGUUGCUCCCAUUGCAUUAAUGGUUUUUCAUCUGAAAAAGAAACAGACCACGGUGGAAGGACUUGAUUAACUGCGGAUUUGCAGACCAGCUUUUGAUGUUGGUAUUCAUGUAUUCUUAUUUAUUUGAACUUUUUGUGGAUAUUUUUGCUAGUAUUUCCUUGGGAAAGUGAUCUUGUCAUUCAAAGGUCCCGUACAUUUGCUACAAUAAAAGUGAGAUACUGCCCUGUUU